CGAGCAAUACUAGUUAUCUUUAUCUACCUUUAAACCUCGCAGCUGGAUCGUACUCUAGUCUCCUACAAACAUCCAAGAACCACGAGAAAACAACGACGAGCUCUUCCUGUCAAGUUUUGUUCCACAAUCUCGUCGUCACCGACCUUCUUCAGCCUCGGCCCAGCGUUAAUGGAUCGAUGCGCUCACGUAUUUCACGUGUACUCUGGUAUCUAUCUAUUUAUCUAUGAUAUGGAGAGUGCUAGGCUAGAGCAUUCUACACAUUGGGGCGAAUGGCCUCCGCUGGAAUUGGGAUCUUCUUGAUCAUCCUGGCAUUAGCGACAUCAACAUCGUCCUCCAAGUGCAAGACCUACACCUUCCAAGGCCAGUCCCUGUUUACGGACACGGGGAUCAACCAAAACGAGUUCUACGUUCUUCCCAAAGACAACGCUGGUAGACCCGGAUCAAUGCAGACAUUCGCAGCCCCAUUCUCGGUCUCCACCAAGGGCUAUACCAGGUUAUCCAUGGGGACAUACAUGGGAAUCCUCGCAAACACCGGCCUGGGGAGCUUCCAGUCCUCGCAUUGCUCCUUUGCUGAUGGUAGCAGCCUCGAGUUUCAAGGCGAGGCCGGGAGCUCGACCGCUGGAUCUCAAGCUCUUUUCGCCAUCGUUGGUGGCACCGGAAGAUUUGAAGGAGCCACGGGCACAGCGAAAGAAACGAGCAAAGGAAGCAAUCUCUAUGUCGUGGAAUUCACCGCAAAGGUCUGCAAGUCUUGAUCAUAAUUCAAUCUGGUUUCAUCAAGACUUAAAGGCAGCUCCCUUUAGGUCACGCUAACAAUCGUUGUUUAAUCGCCAUGACUGUGUGGAGAGCGGUCGAGAGUGGUGAGUUGGUCGUGAGCGAGGAGCUCUCGUCCUUGAGAAAGAUGUAUGAUGUGGGUUUUGAGCUUGGAAAGGGAGGGCAAGGUACUGUACACCUUGUAAGCUU